AUGAGCUUCCUCUAUAGCCAGCUUUUCAAGUCCCUGCCGUACCCCACCGGCUCAUAUGCGGGCAAGACCGUCAUCGUCACCGGCAGCAAUGUGGGCCUCGGCAAGGAAGCCGCCCGGCACUACGCCCGUCUCGGGGCCAGCAAACUAAUCAUCGCCGUCCGAAGUCUGGACAAGGGCCGUGCCGCCAAGCAAGACAUCGAGGCGACCACGGGUUGUGGCAAGAACGUUAUUGACGUCUGGCAGCUCGACAUGUCCAGCUACGCCAACGUGCAAAAGUUUGCGGAGCGGGUCAAGUCCGACCUGGAGCGCGUCGACAUCUUCAUCGCCAACGCCGGGGUGGCGCACACCAAGUUCAAACAAAUGGAAGGCGAGGAGGGCACGAUCACAGUCAAUGUCAUCUCCACCUUCUUGCUCACUGCCCUCGUUCUGCCCAAGCUCAAGGAGACUGCUUCCAAGUUCAGCACGAGGCCGACAUUUACAAUCACUGCCUCCGAGGUGCACGCCUGGAACAACUUUGAUGAGCGCAGCGCCCCCGACGGCGAGAUCUACAACACCAUUAGCGAAAAGGCAAAGGCUUCAGACGAGGCCGUGACCAACCUGUACUCGCUCUCGAAGCUGCUCGAGGUCCUUGGCGUCAGGACCAUCGCCGAGAUACACCCGGCUUCGGAAUAUCCCGUCACCGUUAACUGCGUCAACCCGGGCCUCUGCCACUCGGAACUGGCACGCGACUCCGGUUGGAAACUGUGGAUUUUGAAGCUGCUCUUGGCGCGCUCGACCGAGUAUGGCAGCAGAACGUUGGUCCAUGCGGGAUCCUCGGGUGCCGAUACUCACGGCAAGUACAUGUCUGACUGCGGCAUCCAGGAGCCGUCGCCGUUUGUGAGGAGUAAGGAGGGCAAGGAGGCGCAGGAUCGCGCCUGGAACGAGUUGGUGCAAAAAUUGGAGGCGAUCAAGCCUGGUGUGACGGGCAAGAUCUAA